GUACUCUGACGUCGGCGAUCAUGUGGCUUUUGGCGUAGAUCCUCCUUGUGAUCGCCAAUUUUUUCUUUCCUGUCGCCUGUUGUCUGCUCGGCUAUCGGGCCGCCGCGAGAGUGUUUGAGACGCAUUUGGCCAUUUCCUCGCGAGGCAGUCGCUUCGGGAUUGCGCCGCACUACCUGAGCAUCGCGCCAAAACGGUGGGCAGGUAUCAUCUUGUCAUGCAGUUCCAGGAGGUCGGCCAGCACUGGAGCUGACACUGUCAGCGAGCACAGCCUACGCCACACUACAGCAGUCCCAUCUCUACCAGACCUUCACCUUGCACUGCCCUCCUCUUUCUACAGCCACUAAUCUUACCCCAGGGGAAGACUGUUUUCCAGACUCCUUGGCUGCUCCUUCCUAUCCCAGAGACUGUCUCCUAAUACAAGAGAGAGCUCAGGCCUGUAUCUGGAUCCUAGUGCAAGCCGGUCCUCCUGACUACUCUUGAGUACCGUAGAGUGUCUUUUCACCCACCACUCCGUGACAGUAGUCCUGCAUCCUGGGCACGUCAGCCUCCUUAUAUCACCACUGGCCAAGCACAGGCACCAAGUGAGGGCAGCUGUCUACCCAGACAAACUACCAUCAUCAUGUCCAGUCGACGGAAGGCCUCCACUCCCUGUAUGAUCCGGCCAGACCAGACCAUGGUGGAGCUGGAUGAUGAGGCAGAGGAAUCACAUGACAUGGAGACAACAACGGAUAACCAUACUGAGGAGGGACCUAUGGAGACAGAUCUUUCCACAGAGACAGAGCCUUCUGUGGAAUUAGACCCUCCCACAGCUCCAGACAAACCAUCUACAGAGCCCCCAGACCUUUCCAAGCCUCAGCGUAAGCAGCAGGGGGGGUACGAGUGUAAAUACUGCCCCUUCUCCACACAGAACCUCAACACUUUCAAAGAACACGUCGAUGCUAACCACCCUAACGUCAUCCUCAACCCCCUGUACCUGUGCGCCGUCUGUAACUUCAACACAAAGAAGUUCGACACCCUGACGGAACACAACGAGAGGUGUCACCCAGGGGAGAGCAACUUUAAGUUCAAGCGCAUCAAAAUGAACAAUCAGACAAUCUUGGAACAGACAAUAGAGGGGUGCAGUAACAGUGCGGUCAUUUACAACACAUCCAGUGCCAUUUCUGGCAAAGGGGACGAACUAGGCGCUCUGCCACUCAGCAAACCCACCACAGUCAAGAUCGGUAAACCAAAAAUAAUGUUGUCGGAUAAUAAACGGACAGAGUCUCACUUGGGAAAACUCACCCCAGACCUGGCCAAGAAACCAAUCACGGCGCUUAAUGUGAAUGGGACGGUCAUCAUCCCCGAGUCGACUCUGCUCAAAGCAGACAGCCUUUCUCACAUCAUGCCUUCCCUACAGCGGCCUCUAAACUAUACCCAGGUGCCGAAGAUCGCAGUGCCCCUCAACACAACCAAAUACAACCCCUCCCUGGACGACAACCUGACACUCAUCUCUUCCUUCAACAAGUUCCCCUACCCAACACAGGCCGAGCUCUCCUGGCUCACCGCCGCCUCCAAACAUCCAGAGGAGCAAAUCAAAGUCUGGUUCACCACACAGAGGCUCAAACAGGGCAUUAGCUGGUCUCCUGAGGAGGUGGAGGAAGCCCGGAAGAAAAUGUUCAACGGUACGAUCUCCUCUGUGCCUCAGACCUUCACCGUGGUAGCUCCUCAGCUCAACUCCCAAUCAUCCACCAACUUGUCUGCCUCCACCGCAGCCUCCAAAGCCAUGCAGCCAGGAGCCUCUGUCCUGCAGUCCCUCCCCUGUCAGCUGCUGGGACAGACCAGCCUGGUGCUGACUCCCGUAGCUAAUGGCUCCACCGUCUCUUGUGCGCCGCUGGCACUCACCGUGGCUAACCAGGUGGCGCAGUCGCUCAAACGGCCCCUGGCCUCCCCUGUGAUCGCCACAGAGAGCAAACGACCCUCCAUCAUUCAGACCAUCUCGGCGCCCAUGGCCACAUCCAAGCAGGUGUCGCCCAAAGUGCUGAGUUUCACAGUUGACCCCAAUAAAACAGCUGAGCAGCUCUCAGUGCUGAGGUCCAGCUACACACAGUGUCCUUUCCCUGAGGAAGAUGAGAUCUACAGGCUGAUAGAGACCACUGGGCUGUCCAGAGGGGAGAUAAAGAAGUGGUUCAGUGAACAAAGGCUCCUUAAUCUCAAAGGCGUUCCUCCACCUCCAGUGCUGGUGAAAGCAGAGGUGACACCAGCACCCAAAGAUGGUCCCGUAAAGAAAGCAGUCCCCAGCCAGUUCCCCCUGCUGGAGAGGGUGAAGGGGAAAUCAUCAGAGCAGCUGAAGGCGCUGGAGGAGAGUUUCCAGAGAAGCAGCUCUCCAACAGAGGCAGAUAUAGACCAUCUGGCCCAGGAGACCAGGCUGUCCAAGACGGAGGUGGACUGCUGGUUUUCAGAGCGCAGGGGGCUGAGGGACAACAUGGAGAAGGCGUUACUCACCAUGGCGUCAAAGAACACAGAGGACAGAGGAGACCGGCCAGGAGCGCUGCUGAACGGGGCCUCGCAUCAUCGGGAGCAGGACGGAAAAUCUCUGCGCACCUCUCCUCAUCCUCCUGUCCUGUCCUCUUCCUCCUCCUCGUCCUCCCCUCCCGUGCUCGCAGUCUCCUCCCCUCACCCACCGACCCUCUCCUCCUCUGCGUCACCUCCCAUCCUCACUUCGUCCUCCUCCUCUUCUCCCCAUCCUCCCAUCCUGUCGGCCUCCACCAGCCCGGCCCCCAUCAACAGCCGCUCCCUCACCCUGCUCAGAGAGAUGUUCUGUCGGACUCAGUGGCCGUCUCCUGAAGAGUACAGCCAGCUGGAGGUCCAAACAAGCCUGGGACGCACCGACAUUGUCCGCUGGUUCAAGGACCACCGCUCGGCGCUGAAGAACGGUGACACUCUGGACUGGAUGGAAGGUUUCCAAAACCAAAACCCUGCAGAGCAGCAGAAAGCAGGCCAGGAACAGAACGGCCAGAGUUCAGAGAAAAACCAGAGUGUUUCCUCAGAAGUCAAGGCUGUGAAAGUGGAGGAGGCUGGGGAAAACGCAGCAGCUACAGAAGAGCACUCCAAGCUGUCCGACCAAGACAAAGUCCAGUGGCUGACUGACAGAUUAGCCCACAGCGUGACGGACCUGAGCCGGGCCAGACCGGACCAGACCAGCUCUAGCACUGCUGACAAAGGGAGGUGGGUAAAGGUGACCGUGGCUGUGGGGGACGAGAGUGAAGAAGCAGUGGAAAGACAGAGGCUGGCAACAGAUGCAGACAUUCUGACCUUGGAGCAGCCUGGGAGGGUCACUGGUUGAUGGUCGAGUAAAUCAUUGACUGCUGAGUCACCGGCCAUCAGGCGGUGGCUCCAGAUGACCAAACGUGGAACCAGUGAUGUAACUGUCUGCCUGUGUGAUGUCAUCACAAAACGCCGGGGCCCACAGUUAAAGCACUGAUGUGUGGUGCAGAGGCUGACGUUAAGAGGAGUGCCAAAGCUGGACUUGAUGCAUUGUUCUUAUUACUACUACACUUUACAAAAGAUGCACCCUUGUAAAUAUUUUUCUGUAUUGCAAAAAAAAAAGUUUGUACAGUUUUACUGGGAGGCCAAGUUUUGUUACAUUUUUAAGAAAAAGUCUGACUGAUACUGCAAAACCUGGAAUGUUUUUUGUGUUGUUGUUUCAAGAUCAAAGUGUAUAAUAGUCUGUUAUUUGCUGAAAAUCAUUCUUUUUUUUUUUUCUUUCUUUCUUGAGAAUCAUACCUGCGCACUACUUAUCAUGAGUAGUCUUUGAUGGCACUUGCGUAUAUGCCCGUGGUAGUGACAUAUAUCUACAUGCUAGGCCACUUCAUCUCAAACUGUUAGGAAACUUUUCCUUUUUCUCCUGCGCCGUCACCUUGAUUCAACCUUAUAGAAUUACGCUUGUGAUGGUGGAAAUCACUCAAAAGUGCUAAAGGGGCUGUUUAGGAGGAGUGACGGUGGUCCUGGGGAAUCUAAACACAGCUACGGCCGCACUGCUGAGAGGCCAGAGAACAACAGCCACAUGAGUCAACCAAGCAAAAACACAUUAGGGCGAACGGACGGUCGGAUGAAUGAAUGAAUGCACUGUACGUCCCAAGUUCCAGCAUCUUUUCUCGUCAUCUGUUUCAUGCAUCAGUACCCGAGGCAUGUUUAAGAGGCUUGAACAGCACAGAAUGUUCCUUUUCCUGAUAUAGAAAUGAUUAAUCACAUAGGGAAGAGAGUGGAGUGUCCGUGUGAUCGCACCACGCUGCCUUUUCAGCUCUCUUAUCUGACAUUUGGUGUCUGCCUCAGAACUGGGUACAGUGCAGACUGGUAAUGAUGACUUCAGCAUUUCACUUCUUUGUUUGAAAAACUUGAAAUAUUCGUGACUGAACUCGCCAAGAACAUGUGAACAAGAGUUUCACGCAUGACAAAAUAACCGAAGCUCCUUUAUUUGAGCCGUGUCAGAUAUCCAUUUUGCUCAGCUGUGAUCUGUGAACACGUCUUUUGUCUUCUCUCUGGGCUCUCUGUCUUUAGGAAGGUCCUUCUAUUCAAAGCCGGAUUGGGUUUUGUUGAUGUCUGUACAGUCAGUUAAGAACACCUGAAACACAUCAUCUCCAAGUAAAAAGAGAUGAGCAAACCUGUGCGGAUUUUCUGAAAAAUGUCAGAAAGCAUUUGGAAUAUCACAACAGCCAAAACAGUCAUGAACUGCUUGCAUGUGCUUCAAUUUUCAUUUUUAACAGCUGACUUUCAAAAAUAAUUUAAAGGGAUAUCUGUGAUUUAUGGGUCAGAUUGCAAGCGCUUGCAGUAUUUGUGCAAGCAAAAACAAUUAAGUUGAACUGUCAUUUAAAACUGGUUUGAACAGCGAGUGUAUGGCUGUUUGCUGGCUGAAUGUGUGUUGCUGCUGCCGAUGCUUUAGUUUCAUGUUCAGACAAGUAUCUGGGAUACUGUACGUUUGUUUGGCUAUAAUGGAAAACCGCUUGCAUUUUCAUUUUCUACUUUAAGUCUGCUGUAACUCAGUAAAUACAAAACCAACUGUAAAACCG